AUGCAAGUAUCGAACAGACCAACAGGAGUGGGAGCGUACGGGUACUCCGCCAUGCGCCAUUACGCUUCACUCUAUCCACAGCACAGCAGCAGCCAGUGCGCAGCGGCGACCAAGCCUGCCAGCGGGAAAUCCUUCACCAUUGACGCCCUGCUCGCCAAGCCGGCGGAGACACACAUAGACCGGACGAGUCCCAUUCACUGUAGACUCAAAUACCAACCGACAGCGCCACUACACCCCUUCCAGACCCAGAUGAACUCAGCGCUGCCACAGUACCUCUACUCACCCAACAUGCUGCACACGCCGAUGCACAGUCACACACAACCCGGAUACUCUGUCUACUGCUGUCCGCCGUUCUCCCACCACGCGUCAUGCCAUGGGGCCUUUUACGCACACGGUAAAUGUCAAUCUAACGUGCCAUUCUAACUUAUUCCAUGAUCCAAACUAAACACAAUGGCCUAAAGAAAAGCACGACAUGGUUUUAAACUGUUGUCAAUCUCUCUCCUUCACAGAAACAGGUCUGUCAAUGUCCCACUCAUUCAAACACAAGGGAGGGAAAUCCAAGCGGAUGCGCACCAGCUUCACCAACGAGCAGUUGGACCGGCUGGAGAAGGAGUUUGCCCGGCAGCAGUACAUGGUCGGCUCAGAGAGGUUUCUUCUGGCGUCGGCUCUGCAGCUCACAGAGGCUCAGGUACAAACCAGAUUCCAACUCAAACUGCAAACUUUCUUUGAACCAAAGCAAAGGCCCAACUUAAUAGUUUUUUUUUUUUUUUUUUUUUAUAGAAUGAGAAUGAUAAUACGAUUGGCACUGACGUUUAUAACGUUAAAAAAAAAAAAAAUCCUUAAAACCAAACAUUCAUUUUCUUAUUUUCAGGUUAAAGUCUGGUUCCAGAAUCGACGCAUCAAAUGGCGCAAGCAGAGUCUGGAGCAGCAGCAGGCCAAGCUGGUCAAACUGGGCCUGGCCGCCCCGGUGAAGAGUCCUGGUUCUCAGGGUCUGGAGGAGGAGGAUGAGGAGAUCGACUUCUCAGACGGAUAA